UCAGAUCAGAACUUGAAUAUGGGAAUCCUGAGUCAACUGUUAACUAUCACUCUCCUCUUUGGAGUCCCAGUGUUCUGCCAAUAUGACUAUGAGGAUGACUAUGAUAAUGAAAUGGAUAAUGAAUAUCCAUCCAUUUUUCAUCAUAUUCCUAGCAUAGAAUAUGCCAUUCCUUAUCCCAGCACGCCUGCUCAGUGUGCCAAAGAAUGCUUUUGCCCACCAACUUUCCCACUAACAAUGUACUGUGAUAAUCGUAAACUUCAGACUAUACCGAGAAUUCCCAGUCACGUCCAGCAACUCUAUCUACAGAAUAACGACAUUGAAGCUGUGCCUGUGGAAUCCUUUGUUAAUGCUACUGCCCUGAAAGAAAUUAACCUCAGCCACAACAAAAUUAAGUCUCACAUGAUUGACACAGGUGUCUUUGGCAAACUUUCAAAUCUAGUACAACUCCAUUUAGAACACAAUCUGCUGGAAGAAAUUCCAUCCCCUCUACCUAGAAGCUUAGAACGAUUGCUCCUGGGUUUCAAUCAGAUUUCCAGGUUGCCCAGCAAAGACCUAGAAGGUUUAGUAAACAUGACUAUGCUUGACCUCUGCAAUAACCACCUGGAAGAUUCUCAACUGAAACAAACACAUUUUUCAAAGAUGAAAAACCUAAUGCAGAUCAACCUCUGCAGCAACAGACUUCAAUCAAUGCCUCCAGAUCUACCAUUUUCACUUAUGCAUCUUUCCCUUGAAAAUAACUCAAUUUCUCUCAUUCCAGAUAAUUAUUUCCAGAAACUUCCAAAGCUUACUGCUAUAAGAAUGACACACAACAAUCUGCAUGAAGUUCCUUAUAAUGCUUUUAACCUUUCUAAUCUUGUGGAACUCAAUCUUGGGCACAAUAAACUGAAGCAAGUAUUCUACAUUCCAAGAACCCUGCAGCAUUUGUACAUAGAAGACAAUGACAUGGAAGUAAUCAAUGUUACCUUAAUGUGUCCUACUAUUGAUCCACUGAACCUCAAUCACUUAACCUACUUACGAGUGGAACACAACAAGCUCACCACUCCAAUAAGUACAUAUGCCUUCUUCUGCUUUCCACAUAUACGCAGUAUUUAUUAUGGUGAACAAAAAAUUGGUGCCAACCAGCAAACACAGCUGAGAACGCCAGUGUUCCAAAGAUAUUUAACACCAGAAGAGUAUGAAGAAGCAGAAGAUCACGAAGAACAAGAUCAUGAUCAUAAUCAAAGGGAAAGGGAUGAUGAUUACUUUGACCCUUAUGUAUAUUAAGAAGUUAUAAGGUAUAGUAGUAUUAUGACAAUUUAUUUUCUUACCCAUUUAAAUACCCAUUUAAAAAGCAAACAAAAUCAUUUUGAAAAUGCAAAAUAUUUGUGAGACUUGUGAAGCAGGUCUGCAUAUUUUUCGGCAUUUAUUUAUCAAAUUUCAACCUACAAUGAAAAAGUACUUCCCAUAUUUUCAAACCAGACAAUGUUGGAACAGAUAAAGAUUCUAAAUAUCUUACCUACCCAAUUAGAAACUUUCAACUAUAUAUACAAACACACAGUAUCAACUUUGCUUGUGUGAUAUAUUUCUAGCUACAGAUAUCAUUGAACUUACUGUCUGCAUUAUGGAAUAAUGACAUUCUCAAAUGAGAAUAUUAUUUUUCCUAGGUUUGUGAUAUAUAGUACAAGUUAAAAGCAUGGUCACAAUCCUAGGGAAGCCAGUAUAAAAGUCAUCACUGAUGUAAAAGGACCUGGACGGGACUUUAAGAAAAUGUUAGGAUUCCAUUAUGAGAACCAGCUACAAUCAAAUAAUUAAAAGUCCACAAUUACAAAUUUUGCUGCUUUAUAAACACUUUAUUAUUCAAAUAUAUGCUCAGAAAAACAUACUGCAACAACAGUCAGUUGAAAAAGAAGGCUAUUAGAAAUGUGCUUCUAGUGUAAGUUUUCUAUAGGGUGCUUAGUGCAUUUAAACUGGAUCUAGGAUGUAAUCUGCACCAGUGUUCACCAACAUUCAAAUGCUUAAUGUGAACAUACAUAUACAAAACCAGAACUAGUUUACAUUCAAUUCAGUGACAAUACAGAUGAAUUAUAAGAGCAGAGUUGUCUUUUUAUGAAGCAUCUGGUAAUUCUUUUACUCUGCUGGCUGGUUCCCAUGGUUUAACGCUAUGUAACCAAGUCUCAGAGGGCUCUUGGGCUUGCAAACUACCCUUGCUCCCAUCUCCAGCCAAGAGGAAGGAGUUCAGUCAGUUUCCUUUCAGUUUCAAUAAUCUCAAUUUAGUUUAAUGUGCAAACCAGGAAUCCUGGUUUAAAAACAAGCAGCAGUUAAGUAAGGCAGCUUCAUAACCCAUGGUUUCACAUUUGCUUGUUUAGCAAUUAACAUUUUUUUGUUUUGAACCAGGAUCUGUUGCAAAUGGAAGAGGCUUUUCUGGGGUUUGCUGGUGGCUCAUCCACGAAGUGCUAAACCAUAGACUUUCACAAUGGUUCAGCAUUAGUCAUACCUCGGGUUACAGACACUUCAGGUUGAGCGUUCUUGGGUGGCGCACUGCGCUGAAC